AUGAAAGAUAGCGUUGUGUUGUUGCUGCUCUUUUUCAGCUUACUGCUCUGCUGCCCAACAAACCAAGCUCGUCUGACUGUGAGUCCCAGCAGCUCUCAGUUGUUUGAAUAUGACUUCGUGUCUCUGAGCUGUGAGGAGGACGACAGCUCUGCUGGAUGGACUCUGAGGAGAAACACAACCACACAGCAAAUGACCCAGUGUGGAGUUAAAUGGGGAAGGUAUACAGGUUCUUCUUGUGAGAUUCAAUUCAUCGACCCACUGGACAGUGGGGUUUACUGGUGUGAGUCCAGAGAGGGUCCCAUCAGUAACAUGGUUAACCUGACAGUCACUGGUGGAUCAGUGAUCCUGCAGAGUCCUGUCCUCCCUGUGAUGGAGGGAGAUGACGUCACUCUGCUCUGUAAAACAAAGACCACUCCCUCCAACCUCCCAGCUGCUUUCUAUAAAGAUGGCUCCCUCAUCAGGAAGCAGCCUACAGGUCACAUGACCAUCCAGCAUGUUUCCAGGUCUGAUGAAGGCCUCUACAAGUGUGACAUCAGCGGUCAUGGAGAGUCUCCAUCCAGCUGGAUCACUGUCACAGCUAAACCACCAACCACAGCCUCACCCACUACCCUACCCAUGACCACCUCUAGAGCACCUCCAUCACUUAUCUCCACCCCUUUCCAGGUUGUGACUACCGUCUACCACCUGCUGUUGUUCUUUUCGCACUUACUUCAUCUCCACUGUGCUCAUGCCACAGAAAACACCCUAACUGUCUCCAUGGUGACGACCCAUGUACUGAAGACGAAGGUUCGAUGGCAAGAAAGAGUAUAAAUUCUAAACUAUGCCAACGAAGAUGGAAAUUUAUAUUGCAACUCUAUGAAACUUAAGUAGCUGAAUAGACGGCUUGUCUCGUUUUACAUACUUUAUGACAAGGUUGUCCAAGUCCAGACCUCAAGGGCCAGUGUCCUGCAGGUUUUAUAUCUCACCCUGGGUCAACACACGUAUAUCAAAUGAUUAGUUCAUUACCAGGCCUCUGGAGAACUUCAAGACAUGUUGAGGGGGUCAUUACCCAUUUGAAUCAGCUGUGUUGGACACAUCUAAAACCUGCAGGACACCGGCCCUUGAGUUGGACACCCCUGCUUUACGGCAAUCAAAAUUAAAGAGCUGAAUCUGGAAAUAUUACAAAAAAUAUCUUUUAUAUCCAGCAAAACAGGUCGGGAAUUCGACAUUAUGAUGAAAAUAUACUUUUUGCAAGAUUGCACAGGAAUCUAUAACUUGUGAUUAUGAUUUACAGCUUUACAUACUGUCUAAUUUUAAAAUGUAUAAGUCAGUUGUU